UCACAUGGUCGGGCCCCUGCGUUCAUCUCCACUUAGCUGGGCAGCAGGAUGGAGAGCUUUCACAGCAACUUGAAGAAAAAAGCGACAGAGAGGCAGCACAGGGCAGAAGUUAUGAUCGCAGGAGAGCAGCUGAGACUUCGACUCCAUGAUGGAAAGCUUAUUAAGGAUCGGCGCUACCACCUGCGGACAUAUCCAAACUGCUUUGUCGCAAAGGAGCUCACAGAUUGGCUGAUUGACCACAAAGAAGCCCCAGAUCGAGAAACAGGCAUCCGACUGAUGCAGAAACUUAUGGAUCAUUACAUUAUCCAUCACGUUUGUGAUGAACACUCAGACUACAAGGAUGCAAAACUCCUCUAUCGUUUCCGCAAGGAUGACGGGACCUUUCCUUUGAACAAGGACAUGAAAGUCUUCAUGAGGGGGCAGAGCCUGUAUGAAACGCUGAUCAGCGUGGAUGAUUCAAUCUUGAAGGCAAGGGAGGAGAAUGCUAUCAAAUACCAGAGGACCUUCCUGGGCUGUGACAUGGUGGACUGGCUGACCCAGGAAGGGGAGGCAGUGAGCAGGAAGGAAGCCGUGGAGCUCUGCCGGGCCCUCCUGGAACACGGAAUCAUUCAGCAUGUUUCCAACAAGCAUCACUUCUUCGACAACAACCUCCUCUACCAGUUCCGGAUCAACUUCCGCAGGAGACGGCGGCUGACAGAGCUCCUGACCGAGACCCUUCGCCCUGGGCCUGAGAGCCCAGAUAGCCCCUUCUGUCUCCGCAAGCUCCACCCAGAGCAAGGCAACACCAGCUUCCUCUCAGUCCAGCCCAACAAGGAAAUCAAACUGGUCUCGGCCGUCCGACGGAGCAGCGUCACCUCCCUAGGAGGGCCCAGCUCUUACUACAACACCCCACCCAGUUUGGGGCUCCUGUCAGCCACAGAGUGCAACCCCAAAUCAGUGUUAAAGAAGCCAGUCACCAAUGAGGAGCUGCUGACCCCAGGAGCCCCCUAUGUGAAGAAAACACUGACGAUUGUGGGUGAUGCUGUGGGCUGGGGAUUUGUGGUCCGGGGAGGCCGACCUUGCCACAUCCAGGCUGUGGACCCUGGGGGCCCUGCAGCUGCUGCAGGCAUGAAGGUGCGACAGUUUGUUUGCUCAGUGAACGGUAUUUAUGUGCUGCAUUUGGACUAUCAGACCAUCAGCAACCUCAUCAUGACUGGGCCUCGGACACUGGUACUGGAAGUCAUGGAAGCCAUUGAGUGAGGGGCAAGAAAAUUUGUUCUCCCCUUCUUUCCCUGGCCUUUCCUAUGCUUGGAGAUUUCAUCAACCCCCUUGGAAGGAUGUGUUAGCCCAGAGACUCUAAAAGCUGAAGAAAGCAUUGGACCGAAUUGGAACGUCCUUUAGGGACAGACUACAAAAUCAGCCAAGCCAGCCCCAAGUAAAGUCAUUAAAAUCUGGUGAGACUGGUUCUUUUCCAAGAUGCUCUCUAAGACACUGCCAAGUUCAAUUCUGGGCCCUACCUGGUGGCUGAUUUGGUGGCUUGUAAACUGCUUGAGGUUCAGAUAUUUUUCUCUGGCUUGAGAAAUUCUGCCAUAAGCCUUCACUGUUUCCACUUCUCUGCUUUCCUCAGGGCUAUCCAAACGUGGUGCUGUAGCCUCUACACCUGUAGUGCUGUUUCAGCCCAUCUACUUUGUCCACCCAACUGCUCCACCUCAGAGGGCUAGGACCUCUGAGCCUCUCUCCGGACCUAAGCACUUGGGAUUUAACCCACAGCUCCCAGCCAUGUAAGGGUUUAGCUGCAACUUGUACUGUGGGCUGAUGUAUUGUGAACCAGAGUCGUCUUCUGGAGUGUCAAUCAAGCAGUCAAUCAGUGGUAUUUGAGUGCUUAUGUUGUGCAGGUCACUGUACUAAGUGCUUGGGAGAGUAUAGUACAGCAGAGUCGGUAGACGAUUUUCCUGCCCACAAGGAAUCUACAGUCCAGAGGAGGAGCUUACAGUCUAGAGGAUAUUUGGGAAGGUGAUAAGAGGGAAAAAUGGAAGAUCUUUCUAGCUCUCUCUUCAAGAAAUACAUGUUUAAUUAAAAGCUCCGAGGAGUUAAAUGUACGCAUCAAGGCAAGGAGCAUCUUCUGUGUUUAUAGAGACUCUCUUGUCAAAGUUUUGUGGCUUCUUUAUUUUGCCUUAAUGUUCUAAGUGCAUUAAUGCUCUGUCAGAAACACUGCAGUUGCAGGCAUUACGUUCUUGAAGAACCUCACGUUAAGGAAAACUCACAUUUGGUCCACAUUUUUUGAGCCAUGCCACACACAACCAUUUCUUCUGACAGACACGUGUUGUUGGAAGAACAUUUCCUUUUUUCCCCAACAGUGUUCAAUCCAAAAUGCAGAAUGAAGACAUGUGUGAAAGGAGGACUGACUGUAAUAUGAAAAUCAGAAAGCAUCUCAAGUACUAUUUGGAAAAAUUCUGAUAAUGAUUGUCAAGCCCAACUGAGAUGAAUGCCUUAUCCUUUUCAUUAAGAGAAUUUUUGAUCUUUUGUAUAUAGAAUAAA